CGCGCCUCCGGGCGAGCCGGGCCAGGCCGCGGCCGGCGCCGCCGUCAGUACGGGCAGCGGCAGCGCCAUGGCGGAGGCGCAGGAGGGGCCCGGGCGGCGCGGCAAGAGGGCCGAGCCCGGGGCGGAGGAGCCGGCGGAGGCGGAGGCGGAGCGGGCCGGCCGGCGGCGGCGGCGGAGCUUCCAGCCGGCGGCGGAGCCCCGGGGAACCACUGUCCUGCACGACACCGUCAGCGCCAGCCCGCAGCCGCUGCCAGCAAGACACUUCGACACCAGGACGACGGAGCCCAUCAGCUUCUUCUUGUCCGGCCUGGAGGAGCUGCUGGCCUGGCAGCCCAACAGCAACGACGACUUCAAUGUCUCCGCCGUGCCGCUGGCGAAGCGCCAGCCCCCGCUCCACAGCAGGAGGCCCCGGACACUGGUGUGCCACGACAUGCGCGGUGGAUACCUGGAGGACAGGUUCAUCCAGGGCUCAGCCACGCACAACCCCUACGUCUUCUACCACUGGCGGUACAUCGACAUCUUCGUCUACUUCAGCCACCACACCGUCACCAUCCCGCCUGUGUGCUGGACCAACGCAGCUCACAGGAACGGCGUCCCCGUGCUGGGCACGUUCAUCACGGAGUGGACGGACGGGGAGAAGCUGUGCGAGUCGUUCCUGGCCGGCGGGGAGGAGGCGUACCGUGCCGUGAGCGAGCAACUGGCCCGCAUCGCCCAGCACUACCGCUUCGAUGGCUGGCUGAUCAACAUAGAGAACACGCUGAGUGCAGCGGCGGUGGGGAACCUGCCUCCCUUCCUGCGGCACUUGACGGCGCAGGUGCACAGCGCUGUGCCGGGAGGGCUGGUGAUCUGGUACGACAGCGUCCUGCAGAACGGCACACUGAGGUGGCAGAACGAGCUGAGCGAGGAGAAUAGGGUGUUCUUUGACGUCUGCGACGGGCUGUUCACCAACUACAACUGGAAGGAGGAGCACCUGGAGCGCACACGCGGGCUGGCUGGGCCGCGCCACACCGACGUCUACGUCGGUGUUGAUGUCUUUGCCCGCGGGGAUGUGAUCGGUGGUGGCUUCGACACUGACAAGUCCCUGCGCCUGAUCCGCCAGCAUGGCCUCUCUGCAGCCAUCUUUGCUCCCGGCUGGGUCUACGAGCACCUGGGGGAGGAAAACUUCCUGCACAACGAGAACAAGUUCUGGGGCUCGCUGGCUGAGUACCUGCCCACGCACAGCAUCUGCACGCUGCCCCUCGCCACCUCCUUCAGCCUGGGCAUGGGCACCAGCAGGUUCCUGGCUGGGAAGGAGGAAGAGGCCGGGCCCUGGUACGACCUGAGCGCGCAGGAGAUCCAGCCCCUCUACCCGGAGCAUGAGGGCAGGCUGAGCACCAGCUGCUGCCUGCAGGACGCCUGGUGCGGGGGCAGCUCCCUGAGGGUGCAGGGGACCAUCCCCCCCGGCGAGGAGCACGUGGCCAUCCGCCUUUUCUCUUUGCAGAUGCCGGCGCCCCCCAAGCUCUUCCUGACCCUGCUGUACAAGCUGGAGGGGCCGCACCCCGAUGAGUUCACAGUUGCGCUGGAGCUCACCACCUGGGACUUGGGUACCUGCCACGAGGGCAGCGUCACCUCCCUGCCCGAGCCCAAUGGCCGGCACCACCCCCGGUUCCUCCCGGCACCGCCACCUGGCCUCGCCAAGCUGCUCACCGCCUGCGCCCGAGACUCCCAUGGCUGGACCAGCCGGUGCUACGAGCUGGACCUGCAGGACUGCAGCCUGCGAGACCUCUCCCUGCUCGUGUCCCGCCACCAGCCCAGCCCGCAGGAGACGUCCUUCACCUGCCUGCUCGGGGAGGUCCGGGUGCUGGAUGCAGCCAGCAUGGUGGCCUCCCCGCCGCAGGUGCAGAGCCUGACGGCCUCGCAGCUCUGGUGGCAGGAGGGCCCCGAGGCCCAGCAGCUCUCGCUCAGCCUCACCCUGCGCUGGGUCUUCCCGCCCGGCCGGGCCAGCUGCUUCCGCGUCCUCAGCCAGGGCUCCCGCUGCCACCGGGGCCAGACGGCGCCGCAGCUCCUGGGGCUGGCGCACGGCUGCCUGUACCGUGCCGUGGGCCUGGCGGUGCCGCGGCCGGUGGCCGGGCAGUCCUGCCGGCUGGAGCUGCUGGUGGAGCCGGUGCUGCGCGACGAGCUGCCCGUGGACCCCGACCGCUGGGGACGGCUGGUGCUGGUCUACUCCGAGCCGGCCAGCGGCACCAGCUGAGACGGGCAUUAAAGGCGAGCG